UUCUCUCUUAGAGGUGAAUCCGGUGCAGGGAAGACGGAGAAUACCAAGAAGGUUAUCCAGUAUUUGGCACAUGUUGCCUCAUCACACAAGGGGAAGAAGGACCACGCCAUUCCUGGCGAGUUGGAACGUCAGCUGCUUCAAGCGAACCCCAUCCUGGAAUCUUUUGGAAAUGCCAAAACUGUGAAGAACGACAACUCUUCCCGCUUUGGAAAGUUCAUCCGUAUCAACUUCGAUGUGACGGGUUACAUUGUGGGGGCCAACAUCGAGACCUAUCUGCUGGAGAAGUCUCGAGCGAUACGGCAGGCCAAGGAUGAGAGGACCUUCCAUAUCUUCUACCAGCUGCUCGCCGGCUCCGGGGAACACCUCCGAUCCGAUCUUCUGCUGGAAGGCGUCAACAACUACCGCUUCUUGUCCAACGGCUACGUGCCCAUCCCGGGGCAACAAGAUAAGGACAACUUCCAGGAGACCAUGGAGGCCAUGCACAUCAUGGGCUUCACUCACGAUGAGAUUCUCUCCAUGCUGAAAGUGGUGUCUUCCGUCCUGCAGUUUGGGAACAUCGUAUUCAAGAAGGAGAGGAACACAGACCAGGCGUCCAUGCCGGAGAACACAGCCGCACAGAAACUCUGCCACCUGCUGGGCAUGAAUGUAAUGGAGUUCACCCGAGCCAUCCUGACCCCGCGCAUCAAAGUGGGCAGAGACUACGUACAGAAGGCACAGACAAAGGAACAGGCGGAUUUUGCCGUAGAAGCUCUAGCCAAAGCAACGUACGAGCGCCUAUUCCGCUGGCUGGUCCACCGGAUUAACAAAGCUCUGGACCGCACCAAACGCCAAGGAGCUUCCUUCAUCGGAAUCCUGGACAUCGCUGGCUUUGAGAUCUUCGAGCUCAACUCCUUUGAACAGCUCUGCAUCAAUUACACCAAUGAGAAACUGCAGCAGCUCUUCAACCAUACCAUGUUCAUCCUGGAGCAGGAGGAGUACCAGCGGGAGGGUAUCGAGUGGAACUUCAUCGACUUUGGCCUUGACCUCCAGCCCUGUAUUGACCUCAUCGAGAGGCCAGCAAACCCUCCCGGGGUCCUGGCUCUGCUGGACGAGGAGUGCUGGUUCCCCAAAGCCACAGACAAGACCUUUGUGGACAAGCUGGUGCAGGAACAGGGCACCCACUCCAAGUUCCAGAAGCCACGCCAGCUGAAGGACAAAGCCGAUUUCUGCAUCAUCCAUUACGCCGGCAGGGUGGACUAUAAGGCCGAUGAGUGGCUCAUGAAGAACAUGGACCCUCUGAACGACAACGUGGCCACCCUCCUCCACCAGUCUACAGACAAAUUUGUGGCCGAACUCUGGAAAGAUGUGGAUCGUAUCGUGGGCCUGGAUCAAGUGGCCGGAAUGACGGAGACGGCAUUCGGAUCCGCCUACAAGACGAAGAAGGGAAUGUUCCGAACGGUGGGCCAGCUGUACAAGGAGUCCCUGACCAAGCUGAUGGCGACGCUGCGGAACACCAACCCCAACUUUGUGCGAUGCAUCAUCCCCAACCACGAGAAACGAGCUGGUAAAUUGGACCCCCAUUUGGUGCUGGAUCAGCUGAGGUGUAAUGGGGUUCUGGAAGGGAUCCGAAUCUGCCGGCAGGGAUUUCCCAACCGGAUUGUCUUUCAGGAGUUCCGGCAGAGGUAUGAAAUCCUCACCCCCAACUCCAUCCCCAAAGGAUUCAUGGAUGGGAAGCAGGCCUGCGAGAGGAUGAUCCGGUCACUCGAGCUGGACCCAAACCUCUACCGCAUCGGGCAGAGUAAGAUCUUCUUCCGCGCGGGUGUGCUGGCGCACCUGGAGGAGGAACGGGACCUCAAGAUAACCGAUAUCAUCAUUUACUUCCAAGCCGUUUGCCGAGGCUAUUUAGCCAGAAAGGCCUUUGCCAAGAAGCAGCAGCAGCUCAGCGCCUUGAAGGUGUUACAGCGGAACUGCGCCGCCUACCUGAAACUGCGCCACUGGCAAUGGUGGCGACUCUUCACUAAGGUAAAGCCCCUCUUACAGGUGACCCGACAGGAAGAGGAGCUGCUGGCCAAAGAUGAGGAGCUGCUGAAGGUGAAGGAGAAGCAAUCGAAAGUGGAGGGAGAGCUGGUGGAGAUGGAAAGGAAGCACCAGCAGCUGGUAGAAGAGAAGAACAUCCUGGCCGAGCAACUCCAGGCUGAGACAGAAUUGUUUGCAGAGGCCGAAGAGAUGAGGGCCCGUCUAGCAGUCAAGAAACAGGAACUGGAGGAGAUUCUAAGGGACAUGGAGAUCCGAAUGGAGGAAGAAGAGGAGAGGAACCAGGUUCUGCAGAAUGAGAAGAAGAAGAUGCAGUCUCAUAUCCAGGAUCUGGAGGAACAGCUGGAUGAGGAAGAAGCAGCUCGACAAAAGCUACAGUUAGAGAAAGUAACAGCAGAAGCCAAGAUAAAAAAGAUGGAAGAAGAUAUCCUUCUACUAGAAGACCAGAACUCCAAGUUUGUGAAGGAGAAGAAACUGACGGAGGAGAGGAUAGCAGAGUGCACUGCACAGCUAGCGGAGGAAGAGGAGAAAGCCAAAAACUUGGCCAAGCUCAAAAACAAGCAGGAGAUGAUGAUCACUGACCUUGAAGAAAGAUUAAAAAAGGAGGAGAAGACACGGCAGGAGUUGGAGAAGGCGAAGAGGAAGCUGGAUGGGGAGACCUCUGACCUCGCAGACCAAAUCGCUGAGCUGCAGGCUCAGAUCGAAGAACUGAAGUUACAGUUGGCCAAAAAAGAGGAGGAGCUGCAAGCUGCUUUAGCUAGGGGAGAUGAGGAGGUGGUACAGAAGAACAAUGCUCUGAAGCUGGUGCGAGAGCUACAGGCCCAGAUUGCCGAGUUACAAGAAGACCUGGAGUCCGAGAAGGCUUCCCGUAACAAAGCAGAGAAGCAGAAGAGGGACCUGAGCGAGGAGCUGGAGGCACUGAAGACAGAGCUGGAGGACACUCUGGACACCACAGCUGCCCAGCAGGAGCUGAGGACCAAACGUGAGCAGGAAGUGGCUGAGCUGAAGAAGAGCAUUGAGGAGGAAACCAAAAACCAUGAGGCCCAGAUACAGGAAAUGAGGCAACGUCAAGCCACCGCCCUGGAGGAGUUGUCCGAACAGCUGGAGCAGGCCAAGAGGCUCAAAGUGAACCUGGAGAAGAACAAGCAGAGCCUGGAGUCUGAGAACAAGGAGCUGGUCGGUGAGGUGAAGGUUCUUCAGCAGCAAAAGUCAGAGUCGGAGUACAAGAGGAAGAAACUGGAGGGUCAGGUUCAGGAGUUUCACGCCAAGGUGUCAGAAGGGGACAGGCUGCGUGCUGAGCUGGCAGAAAAGACCAGCAAACUUCAGAAUGAACUGGACAAUGUGUCAACCUUGUUAGAGGAAGCUGAAAAAAAAGGGAUUAAAUUGGUCAAGGACGUCGCUGGCCUGGAGUCCCAGCUGCAGGACACUCAGGAACUGCUCCAGGAAGAAACUCGGCAGAAGCUGAACCUUAGCAGUCGUAUCCGACAGCUAGAGGAGGAGAAAAGCAACCUGCUGGAGCAGCAGGAGGAAGAGGAGGAGGCCCGCAAGGCCCUGGAGAAGCAAAUCAUCAACCUCCAGGCACAGCUUGUAGACUCGAAGAAGAAGCUGGAAGAUGAUGUUGGCACCAUUGAAGGGUUAGAAGAAGUGAAAAAGAAGCUCUCAAAGGACAUGGAGCUAAUGGGACAGCGCUUGGAGGAAAAGGGCUUGGCUUAUGAGAAGCUGGAGAAGACCAAAAACAGACUUCAGCAAGAGCUGGAUGACUUGAUGGUGGACCUGGAUCACCAGAGGCAGAUUGUGUCCAACCUGGAGAAGAAGCAGAAGAAGUUUGACCAGCUUCUUGCUGAAGAAAAGACCAUCUCAGCCCGAUGCGCCGAGGAACGCGAUCGGGCCGAGGCAGACGCACGGGAGAAGGAGACCAAAGCUUUGUCACUAGCCAGAGCCCUGGAGGAGGCGCUAGAGGCUCGUGAUGAAUUUGAGAGACUGAACAAGCAGCUGAGAGCAGAGAUGGAAGAUCUGAUGAGCUCCAAAGAUGACGUUGGGAAGAACGUUCACGAGUUGGAGAAAUCUAAGCGGGCUCUCGAGCAGCAGGUGGAAGAGAUGAGAACUCAGCUGGAAGAACUGGAAGAUGAGCUUCAAGGCACAGAAGAUGCUAAGCUGCGUCUGGAAGUCAACAUGCAGGCCAUGAAGGCGCAGUUUGAGCGAGACUUGCAGGCACGGGAUGAACAGAACGAAGAGAAGAAACGCAUGUUGGUCAAGCAGGUGCGGGAGCUCGAGGCAGAGCUGGAGGACGAACGCAAACAGCGAGCUCAGGCUGUAGCUUCCAAGAAGAAACUGGAAAUGGAUUUGAAGGAUCUGGAGUCUCAAAUUGAGGCAGCCAAUAAGGGACGCGAAGACGCCAUCAAACAACUGCGCAAGCUGCAGGCACAAAUGAAGGACUACCAGCGGGAGCUUGAAGAUGCCAGGGCAUCCCGAGAUGACAUCUUCGCUCAGUCUAAAGAGAAUGAGAAGAAGCUGAAGAACCUGGAAGCCGAAAUUCUUCAGCUUCAGGAGGAUCUGGCAGCUUCUGAGCGCGCCCGCCGCCACGCCGAGCAGGAGAGAGACGAGCUCGCUGAUGAGAUCUCAAACAGCACUUCAGGAAAGUCGGCCCUCCUGGACGAGAAGAGGCGUUUGGAAGCCAGGAUCUCCCAGCUGGAGGAAGAGUUGGAAGAGGAGCAGAGCAACAUGGAACUUCUCAAUGAUCGGUUCCGUAAAAACCACUCUUCAGGUGGACACGCUCAACGCCGAGCUGGCCGGGGAACGCAGUUCAGCCCAAAAAAGCGAAAACGCACGACAGCAACUGGAGCGCCAAAACAAGGAGCUGAAAGCCAAACUUCAGGAACUGGAGGGGACUGUGAAAUCCAAAUUUAAAGCCACUAUUGCUACCCUGGAGGCCAAGAUCGGACAGCUGGAGGAGCAGCUGGAGCAGGAGGCCAAAGAACGGGCCGCAUCUAACAAACUGGUGCGCAGAACCGAGAAGAAACUGAAGGAGGUCUUCAUGCAGGUGGAAGACGAGCGCCGGCACGCCGACCAGUACAAAGAACAGAUGGAGAAAGCCAACACUCGCAUGAAACAGCUGAAGAGGCAGCUGGAGGAGGCAGAAGAAGAAGCCACCCGGGCAAACGCAUCAAGGCGCAAGCUGCAGCGGGAGUUGGAUGACGCAUGCGAGGCCAACGAGGGUCUGACCAGGGAAGUGACCACUCUGAAGAACCGACUAAGGCGAGGUGGACCCAUAUCCUUCUCCUCAUCUUCCAGCCGCUCUGGUCGCCGACCAUUGCAGAUAGAGGGCACGUCUAUGGACCUCUCAGAUGAUGAGACAGAGAGCAAAACCAACGAGGUCAACGAGACAACGGCUUCCACCCCCUCCGAGUGA